GCUGAUUGGGUGUUGCACUGAAACCUGGAGAAAACCGUCCUAACAGGUCCGGAAACAACUCACCGGUGCGCAGAGUGCGGUGGGGACUCGCAGCACUCCGAGACAUGGAUAAGUGGAACAAGUCAACAAAGAUCACCUACAAGAGAUGGACAAAUCCCGAACAGUGGGGCGAGUCAGAUUUUGUGGGCCACACCGAUGAGGACCAGGGCACAGACAACGAGAUCUGCACGAUAGCCGCGCCAAGGGUUGACGCAGGGGAUAAACAGUCCGCGCCGGCCUCUGAUAAAACCAAAGAAGAAACCUUCACGGUCGACGAGGCGCUGGAGGCGAUCGGCUUUGGAAAGUUUCAGUGGAAGAUCUCUCUCGUCACUGGGCUGGCAUGGGUAGCGGACGCCAUGGAGAUGAUGAUCCUCAGCAUCUUGGGCCCUCAGCUGCACUGCGAGUGGAGCCUCCCUGGCUACAAAGUGGCUCUCAUCACAUCGGUGGUGUUCAUCGGGAUGGGGCUCAGUUCGUCUGUGUGGGGGAACGUGUCUGACAAGUAUGGAAGAAAAGUAGGUCUGACUAUUUGUAUGUGCUGCACUUUUUACUACGGCCUGCUGAGCUCAUUUGCUCCAGUGUAUGGCUGGCUCUUGGUCCUGCGGGGCCUCGUGGGCUUCGGCAUCGGCGGAGCUCCUCAGUCGGUGACUCUGUACUCAGAAUUCCUCCCGGUGAAGGCAAGAGGCAUCUGCAUCAUGAUGAUUGCGGCUUUCUGGGCCAUCGGUGCUGUGUUUGAGGUCCUCUUGGCCUUGUGGAUAAUGCCCACACUGGGCUGGAGGUGGCUACUCGGCCUGUCCACCAUACCGAUGGCCAUCUUUGUGUGCUUCUGCUUUUGGCUGCCUGAAAGUCCUCGUUUUGAUGUGCUGACGGGAAGAAAAGAAAGGGCCUUGGCGACUUUGAGCCACAUUGCUAAAGAGAACGGCAAGGACAUGCCUCGAGGGAAGCUGGUCACUUUAAAACAGAAUGAACGCGGACGGAUUAAAGAUCUCUUCAGCUCUAAGUACUGGAAGACCACUCUUCUCCUGUGGUUUAUAUGGUUUGCGAAUGCCUUCUCCUACUACGGCAUUGUCCUGCUGACCACUGAGCUGUUCCAAGCCGGAGAUUCAUGCGAGGUGACCAAAGGGGCCAAGAUCGAGCCGGACUGCAGUCUCGAAUGUAAAUAUUUAACAGCAGCCGAUUACAAAGACCUUUUAUGGACGACCUUGGCUGAAUUCCCAGGUCUUUUAGUUAUCGUUCUGCUGGUUGACUACAUCGGCAGGAAGAAAAGCCUGGCGCUGUGUUUCUUCAUGUUUUCAUUGUUUGUUCUUCCAUUAUAUGCUUGUAUUGGGAGGACAGCUCUUACGAUCUUUAUCUUCAUCGCCAGAGCAUUUAUAUCUGGAGGCUUUCAAGUAGUUUUUGUUUACACACCAGAGGUGUUUCCUACGGAAAACAGAGCCCUAGCAGUGGGAACUUCAAGUGCAAUGGCCAGGGUUGGUGCCCUGAUUACGCCCUUCGUCGCACAGGUGAUGCUCAGAAAGUCGGUGUAUUUGACUCUAUCUAUGUACUGUGGCUGCUGUGUACUGGCUGGCAUUGCGUCACUGAUCCUGCCCAUUGAGACAUCGGGCAGAGGCAUGCAGGAGUCCAGUCUUGACCAGGAGGCCGAAGAGUAGACAGCCAUCACAACCAGCCACCCUUAUACAGAAGGACGACCCAGAACCCGAUAAAUCAACUAGGAAGAAUGAAAAG